GUCCGACAGGCGAUUAGAAACUUUACGCACAGGGACGCACGGUACGACGGCCAUCUCGAGGAGUCACGGCGGUCGAAUUGUCUGCAUUUGCGGAGGUGGAUCAAUCACAGCAUGUGGCAUAUAUCAACACUGCGUGGCUCGCUGCAGGCUGCGCCAUGUUGGCUCGGAACUGCAUCUUCCUCGGGGCUGACAAGAUGCUGCGCGCACUGCCCGGCGCAGCGCAAAUUUUAUUGCGGCAGAUCCUUGUGGUUGUACAUGGCUAACGAUGCAAUGCGUGCACAGGUCAUCGGAAUAAGGAACGUCGUUUAUAGGGAGCACUAUUCGCAUAUGGCCUCAGUUCGGACAAUCACGGUGCAAACAUGUGGCUAUACGCCGGAAUACCCAUGCUCGAGCUCAGGACGCUCUUGUCAGUCUUUCCAGUUCUCGACUGGCCAGGAUCUUUAAGUCCAUCCUACAUGUGAUUGUCUAUAUUAUCGGACAUACCGUCAAGAACUCUGUGUAUCUCGGAAGGCCGCUAGAUCAUGGCUCACGUGUCUGUACGGAAUGUUGAUUGUGUCAUUUACAGGAGUUCUCUUCUGUGCAACUGUGCAACGGACAUGCUGAGAGGCUGGAAAUCCAAUCGGUACACUAAAGUCGACAUCCUGUAUUU